GUUUAGAAUGGCACUCGAAACACACUCGGACUGGCCGCUCUGCGUCAGUCGACAGAACAUUGUGAGUGAUCGUUCUUGCUGGCAUCGUUGAAAACAAGUCACAACAAAUCACCAUACAAUAAUCUUUCAAAUUUUGCCUCCGACAAAGGGUUAUCGUUCUUGGUGGGGCUUUUUCUUUGUAAAACUGGAGAGUUUCAAUUUUUCUCAUAUUUGGAUUUAAUCUCUUACGCGGUUUUCCUGAAGUCACAUUUGCAAAGAAAAAGAAACAACUUUGGUAACGUUUCUCCGAAAGCACCUUUAUGAAGAUAAAGAGUUACUACUACUGGAUUUUUUAAAGGAAUAUUAUUUUUGAUGGAACUAUUUUCUUUUUGACUGAAACCCACGUCAGUAUUACAAGAGUUAACCUGCUGUGCAGUUUUCCCCUCUGUCCGCCAAUUGCCCCACUUACUGCAGUCGUAGAGCUGUAUUACAAUGUGGAGUAAACAGCUCAUUUUGCUCCUUCUGGUCGAGCUGGUGUGGUUUUUGGAUGUUACUGAAGCAGGGUGCUCCGAAUCUCACCAAUGCUGUAGCGGCAGGAACCCCGGGUGCAGCAGCACAGGUUGGAGAAUGGACCGAGUUUAUGGGACUUGCUACUGCGACGAAGCGUGUAAGAGUACUGGCGAUUGCUGUUACGAUUACAUUCGGACCUGUCCAGCUAGUCCAUGUGUUGUGAGUGAAUGGAGUCACUGGAGUGGCUGUGCUGAGCAAUGUGUACCGACUGUCCGGAUUCGACGGCGCCACAUUGAGCAAGAACCUCAGAAUAAUGGAGAUCCUUGUCCUGCUCUGGAGGAACGAGCAGGCUGCCUGGAGUACGUGGAUUACCAGGGCAUCCACUGUGGACAGUCUCAUGUACCUGCUUUUAUAAGCACAGCAGAAUACAAUAAUGAGAGAAGAAAGCAUACUUUGUUUGGGGAUGAAAAGAUGCCUGGAUAUUGUGCAGAAUUUACGAUCGAGUCGCUGUCCUUCCACUGCACUAUUGAGAAUCGUCCAUUUGCAAGAUGGAUGCAGUAUCUCCGAGAAGGUUACACCGUCUGCGUAACCUGUCAGCCACCAGCCUUGAAUUCACACAACCAUCGUUGUCAUGGUGAUGAGGCAAAUGUUAAUGGGACUCGUGUUUCACAGUGGCAAGCAGUGGGUAAUCCUCGGUGCAGAGGAACAUGGAAAAAAGUGCAUGAGGGGGCACAGUGUUCAUGCCCUAGUGUCCACAGUUUUAUUUUUACUUGAGAAACCGUUCAUUAUUUUAGAAACAUUCCACACUAAGUUAUAAAUUUAAGAUUAACUUUACAUGGCAGUCUGACAAAAACACCAUUUUACUUUGAAGAUCACAUUGUACAAGUAUUAUUGUCAAACAGAAUUGCAUCAUUCUGAAUGUCUUUAAAAGGUCUUUAAAAGGACUAGUUUGAAUCUUUAAUUAAAGUGGCACAGAUCUGAAAACACAGUUGGUGAUCUGUUGUGAAGUUUAUUAUACAUUCUUGGGUUUUAACCUUUUAUUUAAAAUUUGAAAUGCUUUUUGACAUCUCCCGCAGUCUGGUUGUAUUUCUAGUGCUCAGUUGAAAAUUAAUGGCAUAAUUUUCUCCAGUUUAAUAUCAAUUCUAAUCACUAAGAACACACUAAAUCUUGUCCUGACAAAUUAGGGACAAAAGUUCAGAUAGAUUCAAUUCAGCUCCUGGAGGGAUAUCUAAAACACCCAAAUGCCACACAUUAACAGUGACUAACAAUUUUAUUUAGGAUGUCAUCAUAUUAGAGUGUGAUAUGCAGAUAUGAUGGGAGGCACAGUGGGUGGGUGGGGUCCCAAGCACAUUCCCUGGGUUUGUUGUUGUGAAUUCUGCAUUGCAUCUGGACCGGCUUUAUUUGGCCAUGGGAUGAGAGGUGCAAUUAGAUAAGAAAACAAAAUGUUCUAAUUCUUCAGGCAAGUCAGUACAUACUUUUAUAAGGACAAAAUCAAAUGGGAUGUUAGUCCAAUACCAAUUCAUAGCAGCAUUUAAGAAUGCCAGUAAAAGGGAACUGAAAGUCUUCAACGUUGACAAUAACCCCACUGGGAAACAGUAGCUGAUGACAGAAAUCAACAGAAACAUUGGAAUGUGCCAUCUUGACCAUCCGUGGUUUCAAUAGUUUCAUAAUAGACACCAGGAUCAUAAGACAGGCCACAGUGCUCUAUGCCACCCUACAUCAUCAGCCAAAGAGAUUUUUAGUUGUAGCACUUAUGGCUGACUCUAUCUUUAUAGAAGCAGCUUAGUUAUUAGCAGAAAUCCAGUGUGCAAUAUGCCCUCACCAAAAUUUGAAAGCUGCACAUCAGCUCAUAUAAACAGAAUAGUGUCAACUCAUAUCUACUUUAAGUGUGUGUGUGUUGUAAGGCAAAUUGAGAAUGAAGUUAAUUGAAAGAAUGUUUCCUCAAUUUGCUUAUGAUGCAUGCAGUUUUCACCUGCAACAAAGGAUUAUUAAAAUUUAGGGAGAAUGAAAAAUAGGUGUUCUAAUGAUGGAAAAAAAACUGAACAUUUUUCAUGAUCCUUGAUAAAUUAUUAAAAUAUGGGCAUUAGUAAUAACCAACUAUAGAAUACUGUGUGGGUUUACAUGCUGUUGAAACAGUCUAUAAUGAGAGUGCAUCUAAAUGCUGCUAAUCACCAUUAAGGUAGAAACUCAUAAGCUUCACGCAUGAAUAUGUCUUUGCCAUUGAAAUCACAUUCUUUGUUCAAUUUAGUAUUGCACAAAUUACAAUUAUAAUGUACGUUUAUUAUCAUGGAAAUAAAUCAGUUAAAUUUGCAAAUAAAUGUUAAAAACAUUGUGGCAUCUA